GUUGACAUAACUUGACGCCGCCGUGCGUGAUUGUGCGUGACUGUGCGGGCUCAACACUGAAACCAAACGCUUGUUUUCAUCCCGGUUCUCCUCCACAUAGUCCGGGUUAAACGUAAACGCAGGUCCGGUCUGUGUGUCCUGAUGGCGGCUGUGAGGAGCGUGAACAAGAUGUACGGAGUGUGUUUCCACGCCGUCCGGCAGGCGGCCCGGCUGAAGGCAGCGAGGCUGACCCAGCACAGAGCCUUCAGAGUCGGGGCCGUGCGGCGGCAGCAGCCCUUUGACUCGACACUGGAAAAGCCACAGUUCCCCGGAGCCUCGGCCGAAUUCGUGGAUCAGCUUGAGUUCAUCCAGCCCAAUGUCAUCUCCGGCAUCCCGGUGUACCGCGUGAUGGACAGGCAGGGUAACAUCAUCAACCCCUCUCAAGACCCUCAGCUCUCCAAAGAGACCGUCCUGAACUUUUAUCAGAAGAUGACUCUGCUGAACACGAUGGACCGGAUUCUUUAUGAGUCUCAGAGACAGGGCCGGAUCUCCUUCUACAUGACCAACUACGGUGAGGAGGGGACACACAUCGGCAGUGCUGCUGCUCUUGACCCGAGUGACAUUGUCUUCGGUCAAUACAGAGAAGCUGGUGUGCUCAUGUACCGUGGUUUUCCUCUGGAUCUCUUCAUGGCUCAGUGCUACGCCAACGCCGACGAUCUCGGCAAAGGCCGCCAGAUGCCGGUCCACUACGGCUGCAAAGACCGGAACUUUGUCACCAUCUCCUCCCCUCUGGCCACUCAGAUCCCCCAAGCGGCCGGAGCUGCGUACGCGGUGAAGAGAGAAAACGUGAACCGCGCUGUGAUCUGUUACUUCGGAGAGGGAGCAGCCAGCGAAGGCGACGCACACGCCGGUUUCAACUUCUCCGCCACCCUCGAGUGCCCGCUGAUCUUCUUCUGUCGCAACAACGGCUACGCCAUCUCCACCCCCACCAACGAACAGUACAGGGGAGACGGCAUCGCUGCUCGUGGUCCGGGGUAUGGAAUGCUGUCCAUCCGUGUCGAUGGUAAUGAUGUGUUUGCUGUCUACAACGCCACAAAGGAGGCGCGUCGCAGGGCUGUGGCCGAGAACCAGCCCUUCCUCAUCGAGGCGAUGACUUACAGAAUCGGCCACCACAGCACCAGUGACGACAGCUCAGCGUACCGCUCGGUGGACGAGGUGAACUACUGGGACAAGCAGGACCAUCCCAUCUCCAGGCUGAGGCACUACAUGACGACCCGCGGCUGGUGGAGCGAGGACGACGAGCGGAGCUGGCGGAAACAGUCCCGUAAGACGGUGAUGGAGGCUUUCGAGAAGGCCGAGAAACGCCUGAAGCCCAAUCCCGAACUGAUGUUUACCGACGUGUACCAGGAGAUGACGCCCAAUCUGAACAAGCAGAGGGAAUCCCUGUGGAGGCACGUGCAGCAGUACAAAGAGAACUACCCACUCGACAUGUACGAUAAAUAAACUGCACUGAGUGGGUGACGAUUGAGACUGUUGCACACCUUUCACUGUAUCACAAAGAUAUAGUUUUUGAUAUGACGUGUUGUUUCUUUCCGCACAACAGAGGGAGAGUUUGCUUUCAUAAAAAUAUCGUACUUCAUGCCUCUCUGGGUUUGGUGCCUUAAGUUAACAGAUUUACUGUCUAUUGUAAAGCUCCUCUAUAAGUACAACAUCAAAAUGUUUCACAGUAAUUCCAAGGUCACUAAUAUUCUCGGUUUUAACAAAUCAAGCAAUAAAAGGAAGGUUGACCUCUGUUGUGUACGUUUCCUCUCCUGUAACUGUCAUAUUCUGUGAUUAACGGUGUUUAACAGGUUUCCUUGUAUACUGUUGAGGUGACUGACUGAACGACUUUCCUAUUUUAAUGACUUUUAGUAUACGCACCCAAAUUUUAGAUGGGUUUGGUAUGCUGUUACACAACUAUUCUACAUCCCCAGAACUGUAAACCCUUCUAGCUCAUGUUACAUGUUUGGUGUUUUGUGGGAAAAAUAAAUAAAUAAAUAAUGAAACUUG